UCGCUUUCUCCCUCUCGUUCUCUUUCUUCUUCCACCUUCUCUCGCCCUGUCUUUUCUCGACUCUCCAUCAUAUGUGUGCCUGUUUUCUCUCUGUUGUUCUGCCGCUUCUUGCCCGAUAGAGACUCUUGCCGUGUCUGCUGCUCUUGCGGCUUUUCUCGCGGCUUUUCUUCGAAUUCUCCUUCUCCCCGAAUCUCUUUCUUCUCGAAUCUUCUUGCUGUUCUCGAAUUCUAUUUGCCGUUCCUGCAAGAGUGCUGACUCUUCUUCUUUCUCCUCUUCCUUCUUUUCUCCUUGUCCUUCUCUCCUCGUCUCUGCACACCUCAGUCUCUCGACGCUCCUCUGCGCGAGCUUCGGACAGUCACUUCCACUUUUUCUCGUCUCGUCAACUCUCAAGUCUUUUCUCUUUCCCCUUCUUCCUCUGCGCCUCUCGUUGUCUCCUUUGUUUCCUCCGUCUUUCGCCUCCUCUCUGACAUGGAGUCUCUGCCGGCGAGCGUUCGCCUUCUCUGCCCCCCUCUGCUUUCCUCUGCAUCCCCGUAUCUCUUCUCUAGCCUCUCUUCGACUCCUGAUAACUUUGCCCAGAAGAUGACGGGAGACAACUGCGACAGAAGGGUGAGACUCUCGUCGCUCUUCGCUCCCUCGCCUCUCUCCCGUUCUCCUUCCUCUCCCUUCUCUCCCUUCUCUCUCCUCUCUCUCCUCUCCCUCCUCUCCCUCCUCUCUCUCCUCUCUCUCCUCUCUCUCCAGCCGGCGCCUCUGCAUACACUCAGCGCCACAGCUGCGAGCGUCGCUCCUUCAUCUUCAUCUGAUUCCCUGUGUAACGAUCUGUCUGCAUGCUCGACCGAAGCAGCUGCUCUCGAGGCUCUGACGAAACGCCGUGAGGCCGCAAGCGAGAGAAAGCGAACAGCAGAAGAAAAACGACAGAAACAGAAAGAAAUGGAAAAGGAAGUCAAAACGGCGAUCGAGAAAGGCUGGUGGACGGCUGCUCGACAGAUCGUCCUCGAAAGUCAUCUCGCAGACGUCGAUGUUGCCUACACGGUUCGCAAGUCGGUGGCGGACGUCCGCACCCACCUCGACGAACUCAUCAGAAUCUUGAACAAACAACACCACGAAAUCCAGGUGGUUCCGCCGGCUUUUCAGUGGGCACAGUCUCCCGUGGAGGUUUUUCUCAACGUUAAAUUCGCGUAUCGUUGGAGCAGUCCCGGCGCUUUGUCGGUCGACGAUCCCGUUUUUUCCAGCGACUCGCGAGCUUUCACUUUCAGUGGAGUCGGCACCCACUCCGGCAUCAAAAAAAAAUACAAUCUCAGUCUCUCUCUUUUCGACGAAAUCAUCCCCGAGGCCACCAAAUGGAGUUUCGCUUCUGUCGGGAAAGUCGUCGUGACUCUGCAGAAGCGGAAAGCCGGUGUGUGGGACAGGCUGACGGAAGACAAGGCGAAAGUGGCCAACAUGAAUGUCUGGUGGGACAUGAAGGAAAGAGUUCAGAAGGACUUGGACGACUUCCACCACGGAAACUACACGGCGCGCUACUUGACGACUGAGGGCGGCAACGGACAGGCUGCAAGCGACGGACCGAGCGACGGAGAGAAGGAGAAAAGCGAGGGAAUCCGCGAGGAAUUGUAG